CCCAGGCAGCACUGAAGGACCUUCAGUAUAAUAACAGUGAGCCAAGCCUGACACUGAUAACUUGCAUUGCCCUUAAAUUCUUCACUGCUGUUUGCUCCUCUCAUCCCUCAUGUCCCAUUCGCAUUGCAAAAAAAUUAACUGCUAUGCAGCAGUCCAUUGAGACCUGGACACUCCCCUGUUUUAUUGCUGAAUAAUGCCUGCUGCUCUUUGCUUGUGGGGGUUUUUGGUCCUUUAACUGCAAUGCUUAAUAAUUAAUUGUGAUUUUUCGCUAGUAAAUUUCUGUGUAGAAAUAGUCAACAAACCAAAGCAUUGCUCUAGUGGAUGCACAGAGCUGAGCUUGAACGCAUCAUUGCUUGAGUUGCUUGUUGGCUGAUGUGCUCUUAUCAUUGUUUGGUGUACUCAUGCACUUUUCAAGUGGUUUUUCUUUUUUUGGUUUGCUUUUUGUUUUGUGUCAUCGUGUCCUAACAUGUGCUCGGCUUCUCUGUUCUCCUUAGCCAUUCACUGUCUGACAGCAGAAGUCUUUUUUCAGCCAUUUAAAUCCUGCACUUUGAAAUUCCCUGCCAGAGACCACAAGGUUAUUGUCAUGUCUGGCCAUGAGACUAUUCGGGUACUAGAAGUAGAAGUUGACGCAUCUUUGCCGUCAUCAGCAACUGAUGGAAAGGGUGAGGGUAAAGCUGAGGAAGGGGUGGCUCAAGCUACAGAGCAAUCUGAAGCCAGCAACACCCAGAACAGAACUACAGUACCCCAGAGCGCCGGUAAAACAGUGGUAGUUGAGCAGCAGGUGGUGUCUGUAGAAGCUCAGGCUCCUGCUGUCGAAACGUUGACUCCUGCUGCUCCCAUCAGCGUUUCCCUGACCCAGCCACAGGCUGCCUUGCCCCUCACUGUACAAGGCUGUCCACAGGUGCUGACACAGGAAAGUCUGGCCACUCUGAUGACUGGUAUGAUGGCUCAGACAGGGUCACUGGGCCAGCCUCUGCUUAUCCCUCUCAAUAUGGCUGGCUCCAUCGGUGGCCAGGGCGGUUUAGCUGUUCUCACUUUGCCUACAACCAGUGUAGCAACUCUCCCUGGUCUGGCUGCAGCUAACCCAGCUGGAAACCUCCUUAAAUUGCCCUUUGCUGGCCUUCAAGCUGCAACAGUUCUGAACUCAGUCCAGACUCAGCUGCAGACAAACGCACAGACAAUGUUCCAGCCUCAAACAGCCUCCAUACAGCCGGUGCAGACUGCUAUGCAGCAGCUGAUACCUCAGCCAACACAGGUCACCAACGCUCAGGUAGCAACAGCGCAAGCAACCUCAGCCUCCACCACUAUGUCUCAGCCCAGCAUUUCUGUGGCAGCACUCCAGACAGCGGGACUGUCCAUCAACCCUGCCAUUAUCAGUGCUGCUUCUUUGGGAGCGCAGCCCCAGUUCCUCAGUUCCCUCACAUCGACUCCCAUCCUCAGCAGUGCCAUGUCCGGCAUGGCUGGCAUCACCAGCCAGAUCAUCACAAAUGCCCAGGGGCAGGUCUUAGGGACCCUCCCAUUGUUUGUGAACCCCGCCUCUCUGGCUGGAGGUGCUGCAACUUCCACCCUCCCUCUUCAGAGUCUGCAGGUCCAGACGGUUGCCCCACAGCUGCUCCUCAACACCCAGGGCCAAAUCAUUGCCACUGUAGGAAACGGACCUGCUGCUGUGGCCACUUCUGCUGCGGUUUUGCCUAAAAUGGCUGCUCCUCCAACACUUAACAAACCCAGCACACCGGUGUCAGUAACAAGUGUCACCCAGUCACCAGUUGUCAUUGCACCGCAGCCAUCUUUACUGAAGACUGAAACUAUGCUCUCCUCCACAACGCCCGUCACCUGUGGAGACAUAGCAAAAGUGGGGCAGCUUGUCAGCAAACCCCAGCAGACGGUGAGUAGCGAGGAAGGCAUUAAUCUGGAGGAAAUUCGAGAGUUUGCCAGGAAUUUCAAGAUCCGACGGCUGUCCCUUGGACUUACUCAGACACAAGUAGGGCAGGCCCUUACUGCAACCGAGGGUCCGGCCUACAGCCAGUCCGCUAUUUGCAGAUUUGAAAAGCUGGAUAUUACCCCUAAGAGUGCUCAGAAGCUGAAGCCGGUGUUGGAGAAGUGGCUGGCUGAAGCCGAGCAUUGGAACCAGAAAGGCCAGCAGAACCUGAUGGAGUUUGUCGGUGGUGAACCUUCCAAAAAACGCAAGCGGCGCACUAGUUUCACCCCGCAGGCGAUAGAAGUUCUUAACUCUUAUUUUGAGAAGAAUGCUUUGCCCACAGGCCAGGAGAUCACAGAGAUUGCCCGUGAACUAAACUACGACAGAGAGGUUGUGAGAGUAUGGUUCUGCAACCGGCGGCAGACACUUAAGAACACAAGCAAGAUCAAUGUCUUCCAGGUUUAGUAGCGACCUAAUUUUGGGAGAGUUCUCCACUCCUCCUUAUCCUUUUGGGAAUUUGAACACCUAAUGCAACGGCACACACGUGGAUUGUGUUCUGAAUUCAUCCUCAAUAAGGUUGAAGGAAAAUAAAGUUUUUGAGGAAAAAGAAGGUAAUAACAUGUUAUGAAAUAGUACUUAAAAAAAGAGUUAUAAUUGUGUUUUAAGGCAUUUGUGAAUAUUAUUUAUGUGUGAUGCAUACUAAGUCAAACUGCAUGGUCCUUUUAUCUCAUAUAGUAAUGGUAACAUGUUUAAGACAUUUAAUGAACUUUUAUAUAAGUGGUUUUAUAAGCUCUUGACUUAUUUUAAGUGGCUGUGCAUUAAGUCACAUUAAUGUUUGGUCACAUGUAUGACAUUCUGUGUCAAUGGCUGACAUUAUGCUGAUAUUUGAGAAAUAAGCUUUGGCCAUAAUGGUUAAUGUGACUGUUGUAGCUGCUCAUUUAUGCCGUAUCUACGUGAUAUCUGUCAUAGAGCAGCUCUGCAAACAUGAAUACAUUUCUACAAUACAAUAAGUUUAAUCUGAGUCAUUUGGCUUAGGACGUUCAGCACUUACUUUGCUCUCUACAGACCCCCAGUACUGGCCCCAGUGUUUUGGGACAAUCAACACUGAUAUUUCCUACUGGAUAAUCACUAAGAUGAACUUAAAAACCUUACGUUUUUCAGCUGUGUGAAUUUGAUCACACUGAAUGUCAGUUGGGAGGGUCCUAGCUUGUGCUGCAUGGACAAGUUAUACUAAUUAAAACUGUAGCUCACGCUGUUGUCUAAGGUGCCACACUAGUUAAGUGAUUUUAAAUUUUGAUGAUGUUUGGUUUAUUUGUGAGUGAAUUGUACAAAUAUUCAUAAUGUCAUACAUGGUUGACACAUAAUGUGUGUGAAUUCACUUUUGUUUUCCCUCUUUCUGUUAUAUGUGCUUGUUAUACUUUGAGAUUAUUAUUGAUAUUAUUUUGUUUACUGCAUUGACUGUUCCCCUUAACCUGACAACAUUUCUGCUGCAUUUUCCAUAUUGAGGUUAUUUUGAAAAAGAUGCUUAAUUGGCCUGUCAUUAAGUCAACCUUAUAUAUAUAUAUGUGUAUAUAUACAUACAUAUAUAUAUAUAUAUAUAUAUAUAUAUAUACAUAUACUCGUGUUUUCUAAAAUAUUAGUGCCAGAUUAUUUAGAUGUUUAUAUUAAGCCCAAAAUCAAUUGAGCUGAUCAAGUGAAUCAUAAAUUAUAUUUAAUUGUUCUGCAUAGGGAAAGGAGUUUGCGGAUUAUUGUCUUAUUACUUUCAGUGUGACUGAGAUAGCGGACAGUUUGCAUAUGCAAAAUGAAGUUAUUUUCUGUAGGAAACAUAUAUUGGCAAAUUUCUUCAUUUUUGCCAUUAUUUCAAGCUCUGUUUGCACUUUAGUGACAGCAGGGAAAGUGAAGGAGUUAUGAGUGGUUUAUGUGCGGUCCAGGUUUCAGAUUUGUUGUGCAAAGCGAAUCAAAUGUUUGCAUUUUAUUGCUCUCGAUUAGUAUGAAGCUUUGCGAAAAUGUAGCAGUACUGGCAAAUUUGCAAUUUUCCUAUUAAGAUUUGUUUAAGUUUUAUGCAGAUGAAAUGUAAAAAACUGACAUAUAAGUUAAUAUGCAUUCAUUACUAAAAACCUUAAUUUGUAUAAUCAUAUGUUGAAUGAUGCUUUUUAUCCUGCACCUCAUAUUUGCCUUUUGAAAGACUGUAGGCCUACAUUGGAGUAUACAAACCACAGACAUUUUCACAAGUGUCAUGUUUUAUUAUACAUUAAUGAUUAAUAAUUGAAGACAAUAUAUGAUAUUGUUUAAUAUACUAAGUAAACAAAUAGAGAAAAAGAUAAGCUCUAUAGGAAGUAAAAGCUAAUAUUCAUUUCAUGCUGAAAAAAAAUCAGAUCUUAGUGAAACAAAAGGAAAAACAAUGGUUGGAUGUGUUUCUUCAUUUUCAGUCAG